UAAACUACACGUCCCGACGUCGGCUCCCGUAAUUGUUGUGAAUAUGUAAUUGCGCUCGCACGACCGGUUGCUUCUAAAUUUGUCUCCGCAGCGAGCUCCAGUCGACGAGGUGGUCGCCCUUUGCCGUUGCCGUCACGAGGAUGUGAACAUUAACGGAGGUUCUGAAAGGAAAUUAACCGAUGCGCCGCGUGACGACGGGACGCCGUGGAAGAAGCCCAAGCAACCGUGGAUGAGCAAGGUCACGAUGUGUCAAAAGUCGCAGUUUUGUAGAUUAAAAUCUGGGAAAAUAGAGGAUUGCGUUGUUAGUUCACAGGGAGAAUGUUCAGCUUUGUGCGCAUAGAAUCACGCGCUGGAGGUUUUUGGAGAGGACUGAGACAACUCCUGCUUUGAAUGUCACACUGAACCGACUUUUUUGCAAUAUUGUCUGAGCAGAAUGACGGCCGACAGGAGGUCCGAGGAUGUUUCCUCUCAUCACAGAACCCGCACCUAGAGCCCGCAAACCGGCCACUGACUGACCCUUUUUUCUUCUUUUUUGUUUUACGCACGGAGAGAGAGGAAGAGAGAGCGAGAGAGAUCCGUGGCCGCACAUUUUGUUUCCCGUGUUUAUGUGGAUCCACUUUGCACUCCAUCUUUAAAUGAUUCGAGAUCUGAGCAAGAUGUACCCCCCGGCGCGGCAUCCGCCGGGACAGCAGCUAAAGUUCACUGUCACUGAGUCCUGCGACCGGAUCAAGGAGGAGUUCCACUUCCUGCAAGCCCAGUAUCACAGUCUGAAAUUGGAGUGUGAGAAACUGGCCAGUGACAAAACCGAGAUGCAGAGACACUAUGUCAUGUACUAUGAAAUGUCAUACGGACUCAACAUAGAGAUGCACAAGCAGGCGGAGAUCGUCAAGCGGCUGAACGCAAUCUGCGCCCAAGUCAUCCCCUUCCUCUCUCAGGAGCAUCAGCAGCAGGUGGUGCAGGCGGUGGAGCGCGCCAAGCAGGUCACCAUGGCUGAACUCAACGCCAUCAUAGGACAGCAGCUCCAUGCUCAGCACCUCUCCCACGGCCACGCCAUCCCCGUCCCGCUCACACCGCACCCGGCGGGCCUCCAGCCACCCCUGCACGCCGGGGCCGGCACCACCGCCAGCCUGCUGGCUCUGUCCUCCGCCCUCAGCCACCAGCUGCCGGUCUCGCUGAAAGACGAGAGGAAGCACCACGACAACAGCGGCGAACACCCGAGAGACAGAGACUCGGUCAAGAGCUCAUCCGUGUCUCCCUCGGCCAGUUUUCGGAACCGCGAGAAGCACAGGAGUUCGAGCGAUUACUCCUCCGACAGCAAGAAGCAGAAGACGGAUGGGAAGGAGUUGGCCUCCACGCGCUAUGAAAGUGAAGGAGAGAAGAGCGACGACAACUUGGUGGUGGACGUCUCCAACGAGGAUCCAGCGUCUCCCAGAGGAAGUCCUGCCCACUCGCCACGGGAGAACGGGUUGGACAAGAGUCGCCUGGCGAAGAAGGACGCUCCGCUGAGUCCGUCCUCCGUCGCCUCCUCCAGCAGCACGCCUUCUUCCAAAUCCAAAGAGAUUAAUUUGAAUGAGAAGUCCACCACACCCGUGUCCAAGUCCAGCACCCCGACCUCCCGCUCCGACGCCCCGACGCCGAGCAGCACCUCCACCCCGGGCCCGAGGUCCGCGCCGGGCAAACCCCCGGGAGUCGAGGCACUGGCUCCUGGUCUCCGUACGCCGCUGGCGGUGCCCUGCCCGUACCCCAGUCCGUUUGGAUUGGUUCCCCACCCGGGAAUGAACGGAGAGCUGAGCGGAGCCGGGGCCGCCUACACCGGCCUGCACAACAUUUCUCCUCAGAUGAGCGUGGUGGCCGCCGCCGCAGUGGCUGCUUACGGACGCACACAAGUGGUGGGAUUUGAUCCUCACCACCACAUACGUGUCCCUGGCCUUCCCCCCAACCUGUCAGGCAUUCCCGGUGGAAAACCGGCCUACUCCUUCCACGUGAGUGCCGACGGACAGAUGCAGCCCGUGCCUUUCCCCCCGGACGCACUCAUCGGCCCUGGCAUCCCGCGUCACGCGCGCCAGAUCAACACCCUGAACCACGGGGACGUGGUGUGCGCAGUCACCAUCAGCAACCCAACGCGCCACGUCUACACCGGAGGCAAGGGCUGCGUCAAGGUGUGGGAUAUCAGUCACCCGGGGAACAAGACCCCCGUAUCCCAGCUGGACUGCCUCAACAGAGACAACUACAUCCGCUCCUGUCGGCUGCUUCCCGACGGGCGGACUCUCAUCGUCGGGGGCGAGGCGAGCACUCUAUCGAUCUGGGACUUGGCCACGCCGACCCCGCGGAUCAAGGCCGAGCUGACUUCGUCCGCACCCGCAUGCUACGCUCUGGCCAUCAGCCCAGACUCCAAGGUCUGCUUCUCCUGCUGCUCCGACGGAAACAUAGCCGUGUGGGAUCUACACAACCAGACGCUGGUCAGGCAGUUCCAGGGCCACACCGACGGAGCCAGCUGCAUAGACAUCUCCAACGAUGGGACCAAGCUGUGGACUGGAGGCCUGGACAACACAGUGCGGUCCUGGGACCUCAGGGAGGGACGGCAGCUGCAGCAGCACGAUUUCACCUCCCAGAUCUUCUCACUGGGCUACUGUCCAACGGGCGAGUGGCUGGCAGUCGGGAUGGAGAACAAUAACGUGGAGGUCCUGCACGUCACCAAACCUGACAAGUAUCAGCUCCACCUGCAUGAGAGCUGUGUGCUCUCCCUCAGAUUUGCUCACUGUGGUAAGUGGUUUGUGAGCACGGGAAAAGACAAUCUGCUCAACGCAUGGAGAACCCCGUAUGGAGCCAGCAUAUUCCAGUCGAAGGAGUCGUCCUCCGUGCUGAGCUGCGACAUCUCCAUAGACGACAAGUACAUUGUGACGGGCUCCGGAGAUAAGAAGGCGACCGUCUACGAGGUCAACUACUAAGAGGCUGAGGCUGCGCUUUCCCAGCCUCUACAGCGCCUCCACCGUCUGUGUACAGUUUUUAACAUGUACAAAAAAGGAUUUGGGUGCAACCAACCAAACUUGAGUCUUUCUUGGCCCUUUCUAGCUGGUCGUGGAUCAAAACGAACAAGCGGAACCAAGCACAGAGAUUUUUUGUUCCUCCUUUUUUCAUACUGAGUGGCUUUCUUUGUUGUCGUGAGGUUGAGUGAAUGUCUGUGUGCACUGAGUCCGGAGAGGCUGCUGUUGUUACCGUGUUAGCUCGAUAACGUUCCUUCACACUUUUAGGCCUGCUUUUUAUUUUGUUUUAUUAUUUUCUUGCACGGACAAGCGGCUACAACAUGAGUGUCGUCGUGCACAUUCUUGCCUUCGAGCUUGGUGCAAACCUGAUGGCGUUUUGUUACAAAAAGAGACCAGAACAAGACACCAGAGAUUUUUCCUCUUAGAAUUUGGCACAUCAUAAAGACACUUAACUAAGAAAAGUUUGCACGGGACGCAAACAGCGGUCCCCUGGACAAAAGUCCUGUGUUUAUUUCACCCGCCCUGUGCUCUCUCUCUCUCUCUCUGUUACACUGGUCAGUUGCUCUGACCGUCUCAUGAUGGAUGACGCGGUGGGUUUACAUCGAGUUUGCUGAAAGCCCUGUGCGUUGCAUUCAGACGCUAAAGGUGACGCUGUGGGACGACGAGGGGCACUUGCCUAACGAUGGUAUUUGACGAGUUGGGAUGGGAGACUGGGUUGUAAUACCUCAUACCAAAUUGGUCUUUUUACUGUUAUGUUUGUCAAACUCAGUCAAAUCAGCAUUCCACGUUUGAAAAACAUAUUUUUGUCCAUCAAAGUUUUUAUUUAUUAUCCGUCAUAAUUGUGAGGCGUGUGU